CUAGAGAAACCAAAGAAUUCUAGAAACCGCCAUAGUUAAGCUUGAGGUAUCAGAGGGUGGAGAACAAGCUUUCAAUUGAUGAGUCAUUCAAGCUGGGAAGAAGGAGCUGAAACCCUAGAAAUCUGAAAGUGGCAGGUCUAUGCCUAAAUGGGGCCACUGGUGUUUGAAUUUCAGGAAGUACUAGAGUGAGAACAAUGUUGCCGCAGGGGAUUAAAAAGGCGGUUACGGAUAACCCAAAGAAACUGGUCAACUUGAUUGACCUGGUGAAUCUUCCUUCUACUCUGAGAGAGUUUGUGGGUCAGUCUCGGAUUUCUCGGCUUGGAUGUUUCGUGCAUGUCUGGUCGUACAUCAAGGACAACAAUCUCCAGGAUCCAAACAACAAGAACGUGGUCAAUUAUGAUGAGAAGUUGAAGAGUAUUUUGUUGGGCAAGCCUCAAGUUGAGUUGGCUGAGCUUCCUUCAUUGAUCAAGCUCCAUUUCCCCAAAGAGGCUAAAUAAUUGUAGCAAUCCUAAUUGAGGUUCUUCUUUUCCCCUCUGUUUAAUCCUCUCUCUCUCUCUCUCUC